AUGGGUAUAAAGGGACUCACUAAAUUGAUCCUGGAAAACGCGCCGGAAGGAUACCAGGAAAUAACGCUCGCCAAUUUAUCCGGCCAAAUAAUUGCGAUAGAUGCCUCGAUGACCCUAUAUCAAUUCAUGAUUGCAAUCAGACAGGGCAAUUUUGCCACAUCACUGGUCAAUGCUAAUGGAGAACCUACAUCGCAUAUUGCUGGGCUUAUGCUGAGGGUAGCUGCACUGUUAGAACUUGGAAUUAGGCCAAUUUACGUCUUUGAUGGAGAACCUCCCCAGGCAAAAUCUGAUACCCUUUUGAAGCGUAAGGAGAGGAAGGAAGAAGCGUUGAAGCUGCUAGAGCAAGCUAUGGAAACAGGUGAUUUGGAAGAAAUUAAAAAACAAACAAGCCGCACUGUUAGAGUGUCUAGGGAACAAAGCAAGCAAGCAAUGAAAUUUCUAGAAUUGUGUGGAUUACCUGUGGUUGAGGCGUCACAAGAGGCAGAAGCCCAAUGCGCCUAUAUGGUCAAAUGGGGAAUUGCGGAUGUGGCAUCUACGGAAGAUACGGAUUGUUUAACUUUUGGUACCCCUGUACUUAUCCGCAAUUUAUCUAACGCUUUGGCAAUUUCCAGCAAUAAAAAUUCAAAAUUUAAUUCUAAAUCGCCAAAAUCACACCUGUUAAGAAUAGACUUGAACAAGACGCUAAAUGGAUUCAAAUUGAAUAUUAACCAAUUUGUAGAUCUUUGCAUAUUGUGUGGAUGUGACUAUUGUGGAAAAUUGAAGGGGGUGGGCCCUAAAACUGCACUCUCACUACUGCAAAAGUACAAAACUAUAGAGGAAAUUAUUGCCCACAAGGAAAUCACAUGCAUUGAUGAAAAUUUUGACUAUAAAAUGGCUAGAGAUGCAUUUCUCAGCCCAAAAAUUGUACCCAAGGAAGAAAUUAAGCUGGAGUGGCGUGAGCCUAAUAUCCCUGAGCUGAUUGAUUUCUUAGUAGUGAAGAAUAACUUUAAUCAGGAUCGAGUUAAUAAGUUUAUAAAUAAGCUAAUUAAUAUCAGAAAGGUUAAACCACAGCAACAGAUUUCAUCUUUUUUUAAGGCAAAAAAUACAUCAAUUGUCAGUAAAAGUGAUGCAAAAAUUGAAACUACCGCCAUGUCAUUAAAACCUGAGGUUAAAUGUGUAAUAAGAAAGGAUGAACAAAUAUCUACUAUAAAAAAUCCUACACAUGAAUCGUUAUCAACGCCAGACAAAGAAGUUGAUAAAAAAAAUCCGCAAAUGUCUAUGUGUAAAUCGGAACGAGAAGAGGGUAGAAAGAGAACAAUAACAUUGCUACAAUUCUGCCCAAGCAAUGUCAAGGUGAAGAAGGGAGUCUCUUCCCACUAA